UGUUGUGGUUGGGGAUUGAGAACUGAGAAUCUGGGACUAACCCUUGUGUAGAAUUUCAUGUUAUUCAGAUUCUUAGUUUGUAGUCUUGAGAUUUACAAAGUAGAUAAUGUGCCAUCAUUUUAUAGCAUACUCAUUAUUUAGUUUUGUGUACCAAGAUGAGCAAACUGGGGGAAAGCAAACUUUUUUCAAAAAUGUAUGAAGUGCUGUUCUGAAAUUUAUUGGAAAACUAGCAGCAUAGAGGGGAGCAUUUCACUAAAUAAAAUUCUGUCUCAGUUGGAUUUAAGUUUUUAAGGUGGCACAUCUAUUUGGAGUGUCUUUUAUCAUUUACAAUUACAUGUUGUGACUAAAUACAUUUAAUGUUUUUUCUGUAAAUUCUCUUUUUAUAUGACAUCAAUAGAUUUAUAUUAUAGAUAUAUGAUAUCACUACCCUUUAAUUUUAAAGUUUAAGGAUUAUAACUGAAAGGAACUAUUCCAAAACAACCCUGGGAUUAUAUAUUAUAGGAGAUAGGAAAAGGUUAAUUUUGAAAUAUAAAUUUAUUAAUCCAAAAAAUUUUUAAAUUUGAUUUCCUUUAACUUCUAGUUGUGACUUGUAAAUUUUAGAUCUAACUUCCUUAUUUAAACAAUGAAGAUGGUCAAAUAAGAUUUUCUACUUGCACUAGUCACCUCCCAUGAUUGUGAAAUCAAAUCAAAUAUUGUAUAAAAUAUAAAUGGGGCAUGGUGCUAGGUAAACAAUUAAGUAGACAUAGUACCUACCUUUUAAGCACUUACAGUGUGUUGGAGGAGACUGUCAUUAAACCAGUCAUUUUGUAAACAGUCUUUCUACAUUCUGUGCAGUAAGUGUUAAGGAAAAAGUACAGUGGGCCUGUGACUAGUCUUGGAUUAGGAAGUUGUACAGAUGAGGAAACUGAAGCUCAUAAUGGUAUAAUAAUCUUAUAUGUGGUCUCACUGUUAGUAAAUGGCAGAUUCAUGUUUUGAACACAGGUUGGCCUACCUCCAAAUUCCUUACUGUCUCUACCAUGCCAUUCUUUCUCUGAGUCACCUACCUCAGGCUUAUUGUGUUUCCAAACACCUCUUGUUAUUUCUCAGGGGGCUUAGCAGCUCUCCCUCUGGCUAAAUGUGGAGCCGGUGAUCAGAUUCUUUAAUGAGAUUUCUUUAAAGCAAUAAGCCUCUUCCGGGUUGUAUUUCUUCUGUACUAUAGAACUCCAGGAAUCCUAGAAGCUUCUUCAGGGGUAGAAAUCUUGUGGAUUCUGGGUCUGAUAUGAAAUUGCAUGCUAUUUGUGGCUUCUCACUUAAAAAUAGCCUCAUAGUGCUCGUGGGGCACUUUAGUAACUCCAACACUUCCAUCAGACUCCACUCCCUAACCCCAAGACACUCAAGAUAAACAAAGAUCUGAGUAAUAAACGGCAUGCUUCUGCUGCGGCCUCAGCCUUCUCCCACAAACCUUUCCUGUAUGGAAAUCCUAGAGCCACCACUGAUAAUGCAUUUUAUAGGAAGAAUGCAAAUAAAGAGUUCCAUUGCUUUAAACGUUUGAAAACCACCAUCCUAGUUGAUGUGACGUUCAGGGGAAAUAUUUCUAAAAUGAGAAAUUUUUAUAAUUCAUCACAUCUGUUCAUCCCCUACUACCUUCAUUGAUUCUCCCAAACAACUUUGUAAGCUGGGGAGGGAUUUUUGCUGUUAAAGUUUGUGGAGACAGUAUGAACUGGUAAACUGAAGCCCAGUACUUGAAACCUGAAAAAAAGUCUAUACUUUUAUAUCUCUGGGUAAUUUUAUGAUAACAAAAAGUAAAUGAAUUUAAGCUAAACGUCAUUGUUCUAUGUAUCCAGAGACAUUUUACCACAAAUACCUAGUUAAAUCUUGUAUUGUCAGAGAUUACUAAGUAACUGAUAAUUUUUCCUUUCUGAAUCUUUUUCUAGUCAGUCUGGUAACCUGUUUCUUUAGCCCUCUUAAAAGGUACUGCAUGCAUUUGAGGAGAGACCAUUUCAGGACCUAUCCCAUUUUAAAUAUGUAACAGGUUGUGCUUUUCUAGGAAUUUGUGAAGUUUGUUGUAAAAUACUUUAUAUAAAGUUCCAGGUAUAUGAAGGUUGACAAUGCUUUAUUCUGAUUGUUGUAAAUUUUUGUAUUUAUACGUUUUCAGAGGGUUUCAUUUGGUAGAACCUGAUUUAAUUUAGAUGUGAAGUAACUGAUUCCUUCCACAACCCUUCUUUGUCUUCAGUUCAUGUGCAUCACUAACUGAAAUAAAUUUUUGUCUUACGAAUUUCUCUGUUUUAAAAGCAACUGAAGAAACACAUUUCAGGGGCAAACGCUAGAAUACUUUGCCAUUAUCAGUCUACUGUUCUUUCCUUUCAAGUUGCCUAAACACAGCUGAGUUUGUAAGACGAGCAAAGAAAACAUGACAGUGCUGCCAAGUAGACAGGAAGCUGUAGUGGACCUAGCGAGCAGGGGAGGUUGAGCACACCCUCUGUCCAAUCAGCUGUGAGUGCUGUUGCUAUGUGCGCUCUUACUCUGCUGCCUUUGUGAAAAACCUCACACGGAGGGAAGCGGGAUCAGCACCCAACGCUGAACAUUUGUUUUAACCGCUGCAGACAUCUGGAUCCCUCAGUUACUGAUAGUAUAGCUAUUGAUAGCUAGAAGGCAACUUCUUUUAUACAAGGAUUCCAGUAUGGUUUUCAGUGGAAACAAAGGGCUUCACAGAGAAGAUACUCUGGAUGAAUAUUUUGAAUAUGAUGCAGAGGAGUUCUUGGUCUCUUUGGCCUUGCUGAUAACAGAAGGACGAACACCUGAAUGUUCUGUAAAAGGUCGAACAGAAAGCUUUCAUUGCCCUCCAGCACAGUCUUGUUACCCAGUAACUACCAAACAUGAAUGUAGUGACAAGCUGGCCCAGUGCCGCCAAGCCAGACGAACUAGGUCUGAGGUCACAUUGUUGUGGAAGAAUAACCUUCCAAUCAUGGUGGAAAUGAUGCUACUACCAGACUGCUGCUACAGCGAUGAUGGGCCCACCGCAGAGGGAAUUGAUCUAAAUGAUCCUGCAAUUAAGCAAGAUGCAUUAUUAUUAGAAAGAUGGAUCUUGGAGCCAGUUCCUCGACAGAAUGGUGACCGAUUUAUUGAAGAGAAGACGCUUCUGUUGGCUGUCCGCUCAUUUGUGUUUUUUUCUCAGUUAAGUGCAUGGCUGAGUGUUUCUCAUGGUGCUAUUCCACGAAAUAUUCUCUACAGAAUCAGUGCUGCUGAUGUAGACCUACAGUGGAAUUUUUCACAGACUCCAAUUGAGCAUGUGUUUCCUGUUCCCAAUGUUUCUCACAAUGUUGCCUUGAAAGUCAGUGUUCAGUCCUUGCCCAGACAAUCUAAUUAUCCAGUUUUGACAUGCAGUAUUCACACUAAUAUUGGCCUUUAUGAGAAAAGAAUUCAACAACAUAAACUUAAAACUCAUCAGCACCAUAACCCAAAUGAAGCAGAACAAUGUGGUACAAACAGUUCACAGCGUCUGUGUAGCAAACAAACUUGGACCAUGGCACCUGAAAGUGUGUUACAUGCAAAAAGUGGCCCAAGUCCAGAAUAUACUGCAGCUGUCAAAAAUGUCAAACUAUAUCCAGGCACUGGCAGUAAAUCUGACCAUGGGACAUCUCAAGCCAAUAUUCUAGGCUUUAGUGGUGUAGGCGAUAUAAAAUCACAUGAAACAUCAGUGAGAACUUUAAAAUCAUUUUCAAUGGUUGAUUCCAGUAUCUCUAACCGCCAGAGUUUCUGGCAGUCAGCUGGUGAGACUAACCCUUUAAUAGGCUCUUUAAUUCAGGAGCGGCAAGAAAUCAUUGCAAGAAUUGCCCAACAUUUGAUUCAUUGUGAUCCAAGCACUUCACAUGUUUCUGGACGUCCAUUUAAUACUCAAGAGUCUAGUUCACUCCAUUCAAAACUUUUCCGGGUUUCACAAGAAAAUGAGAACGUGGGAAAAGGGAAAGAAACUUUCUCCAUGACUUUUGGUAGUCCAGAGUUUAGUUCCCCAGAAGACACCAAUGAGGGGAAAAUUCGACUAAAACCAGAAACUCCUCGAAGUGAAACUUGUAUUUCUAAUGACUUUUAUUCUCAUAUGCCUGUUGGAGAGACUAAUCCUUUGAUAGGCUCUUUACUCCAGGAGCGGCAAGAUGUUAUUGCAAGGAUUGCUCAACACUUGGAGCACAUUGAUCCAACAGCAUCACAUAUCCCCCGGCAGUCAUUCAACAUGCAUGACUCCAGUUCGGUUGCAUCUAAAGUGUUUAGGAGUUCAUAUGAAGACAAAAAUUUGUUGAAGAAAAAUAAGGAUGAGUCCUCAGUUUCCAUUUCUCACACAAAAUGUUCCUUGUUAGGAGACAUCAGUGAUGGGAAAAACUUAAUACCUAAUAAAUGUUUUACUUCUUUUAAAAAUAAUAGUAAAGAAAAGUGUUCUUUGAAACGUCAAACAAGAAAUCAGUGUCAGAACAAUCCUAGUGAAAUCAUCCAAAGUACGUAUCAGGAGACACAGAACAAAAGUUCUAGUUUAUCAACUUCCUCAAUUUUGUCUCAGCACAAAGAAAAUAACUUAGAUUUGACAAGCAGAUUCAAGGAGCAAGAAAUGAGCAAUGGAAUUGAUAAACAGUAUUCAAAUUGCACCACUAUUGACAAACAGAUUUGUACAAAUAAGUAUAAGGAAAAAAUAAUAAAUGAGAACUAUAAUCCAAAAUUCUUUGGCAAUCUUCAGUCUGAUGAUUCCAAAAAAAAUGACUCAAAAAUAAAAGUUACUGUGUUGGAAAUGUCUGAAUAUUUGAACAAAUAUGAAAGCAUGUCCUCAAAUAAAGACUCAAAAAGGCCUAAGACAUGUGAGCAAAAUACUCAACUUAAUAGCAUAGAGAAUUAUCUCAAUAAAGAUAAUGAAGGUUUCAAAUGUAAAAAGUCAGACCAAUUAAAAAAUGAACAAGAUAAGCAAGAAGAUCCAACUAAUGAAAAAUCCCAAAACUAUUCUCGGAGAAGAAGUAUAAAAGACUGUUUGUCUACGUGUGAGCAACCAAAAAAUACAGAGGUAUUGAGGACUACACUGAAACAUUCAAAUGUGUGGCAAAAACAUAAUUUUCAUUCCUUGGAUGGAACUUCAACCAGAGCCUUUCAUCCUCAAACUGGAUUGCCUCUUCUUUCAAGCCCUGUUCCUCAAAGAAAAACACAAUCAGGUUGCUUUGAUCUGGAUUCUUCAUUACUACAUCUGAAAAGCUUUUCAUCUAUAAGUCCUCGACCAUGUUUAAACAUUGAAGAUGAUCCAGAUAUUCAUGAAAAACCGUUUUUGAGUUCUAGUGCUCCACCUAUAACAAGUCUUAGUCUCCUAGGAAAUUUUGAGGAAUCUGUCUUGAACUAUCGUUUCGAUCCUCUCGGCAUUGUUGAUGGUUUUACUGCCGAGGUAGGGGCAAGUGGUGCUUUCUGCCCCACACAUUUGACUCUUCCAGUUGAAGUGUCAUUCUACAGUGUUUCAGAUGACAAUGCUCCCUCUCCUUAUAUGGGUGUGAUUACUUUAGAGUCCCUUGGUAAAAGGGGUUAUCGAGUACCUCCUUCAGGAACAAUACAAGUGACCUUAUUUAAUCCUAAUAAGACUGUGGUGAAGAUGUUUGUUGUGAUAUAUGAUUUACGAGAUAUGCCAGCCAAUCAUCAGACAUUCCUACGACAAAGAACUUUUUCUGUACCUGUUAAACAAGAAGUGAAGAGAAGUGUUAAUAAAGAGAACAUCCGACACACAGAAGAACGGUUAUUACGCUACCUCAUACAUCUGAGGUUCCAGAGUUCUAAAUCUGGAAAGAUCUACCUCCAUAGAGACGUACGGCUCCUGUUCUCUAGAAAGUCAAUGGAGGUUGAUAGCGGUGCUGCAUAUGAACUCAAAUCUUACACUGAAUCACCAACAAACCCUCAGUUUUCACCAAGAUGUUGAUAAGGAGUGAUGAUUUGAAGUAUUUACUCAGUACCCAAGUUUGCAAGUAAAAAUUAGCAUAGAAUGGAGUGUACCAAAUUAACAAUCAGGGGAGUGGAUCCUCUCCUGUUAUCCUGGACCAGUUUUUAUGAAAGGAUUCCUGAAAUGAAAUCCAUAUAUUCCAUGUAGACUGGAAAAACUCAUGUCCUAAUCCUUUUUGUACUGUUGAAACCACUUCAUUGGACAUGUUGCAGUAGCAAACCCCCCAGUUAGAUUAGUGUUUACACAUUUUAUUUCUCAGUUAUUUAAUAUUUAAUGUUUUCCUUAAUACUCAAGUGAUGUUUGUCUCUAGUGUUCUAAUGUAGCACAAAUCCUAUGUAAAAUCAUACUAUGUAUUUUUGACAUUAAUGUUGAAAUCUGAAAUACAUGCACAAGUCUUUAAUUUUGUGUAAUGUGUUAAGUGCUGUUCAUUUAAGUUAUUGAAAAUGAGAAUAAAAUGUUGAGCUUCUUUAAAAGUAA